AAAAAAAAAAAAAAGAGAGUGAAAGCAAAUAUUUUCGGGACACGGUCGAAAAUGAACCAACCAAGAAAAGGAGAAAUCGAGUGAAUCUAGAGAGAAGAUCUGUAACGAGAUUUCAAGAAAAAGGAAAGAUCAGAGAAAGCAAACUCAAGUCAAGAUUCAGCCUGUAUUACUCAUCCUCCCCCUUUAUCUCUUCCCCAAUUCAAUUCAAGAUUCAUCAGAAAAUACCCAUAAACGAUAAUCAUGUCUUCAUCUACUCAAUCACCUUCACAUAAAAAUAAUAGCGCUGAGACAUCAAAGCCCACAGUAGAGAUCAAGAAACCAACUUUCAUAUCACAACAUAUGCAGAAGCCAGCAUGGGUCCUCCCAUACAGAACCCAAACCCUUCAAAGUCUAUACACCAUAGGCAAGAAGCUAGGCCAAGGCCAGUUUGGGACAACCUUUCUGUGCACUGAGAAAUCAAGCAACAGUCCUUAUGCCUGCAAGUCCAUACCCAAGAAGAAGCUGAUUUGUAAAGAGGACUACGAGGACGUGUGGAGGGAGAUUCAAAUAAUGCACCACUUGUCUGAGCACCCAAAUGUUGUGAGAAUAAAGGGAACGUACGAGGAUGUCCUAUUUGUGCACAUAGUAAUGGAAUUGUGUGCAGGUGGGGAGCUCUUUGAUAGGAUUGUGCAGAAAGGGCAUUAUAGUGAAAGAGAGGCUGCCAAAUUGAUCAAAACUAUUGUUGGGGUGGUUGAGGCUUGUCAUUCUCUAGGGGUUAUGCAUAGGGACCUCAAGCCUGAAAAUUUCUUGUUUACUAGCGCUGAUGAGGAUGCUGCUCUCAAGGCAACUGAUUUUGGCCUCUCUGUCUUCUACAAGCCAGAUGAAACUUUCAGUGAUGUAGUGGGAAGCCCUUAUUAUGUUGCACCUGAGGUUUUGCGCAAGCAUUAUGGACAUGAAGCAGAUGUAUGGAGUGCUGGGGUCAUUUUAUACAUUUUGCUCAGUGGUGUUCCACCUUUCUGGGCAGAGACUGAGAAGGGGAUUUUUCGCGAGAUAUUGAAGGGAAAAUUGGAUUUUGAAUCCGAACCAUGGCCUGGCAUUUCAGGUAGUGCUAAAGAUUUGAUACAGAAGAUGCUGGAUAGGAAUCCAAAGACAAGGUUAACAGCACAUGAAGUUCUGUGCCAUCCAUGGAUUGUUGACGACAGAAUGGCUCCUGAUAAGCCACUUGAUUCUGCAGUUCUUUCACGCCUCAAACAGUUCUCUGCGAUGAACAAACUCAAGAAGAUGGCUUUACGUGUCAUUGCAGAGAGAUUAUCUGAAGAAGAAAUUGGUGGUCUUAAGGAGUUGUUCAAAAUGAUAGAUACAGACGAUAGUGGAACUAUAACUUUCGAUGAACUUAAAGAAGGUUUAAGCCGUGUAGGCUCUGAGCUGAUGGAGUCUGAGAUUAAAGAUCUCAUGAAUGCUGCAGACAUUGACAACAGUGGAACAAUAGAUUAUGGGGAGUUUCUAGCAGCUACAGUUCACUUGAACAAGUUAGAGAGAGAGGAGAAUCUAGUUUCAGCCUUCUCUUUCUUCGACAAAGAUGGUAGUGGUUACAUAACCAUUGACGAGCUUCAACAUGCCUGCAAAGAAUUUGGUUUGAGUGAGCUUGACCUUGAUGAGAUGAUAAGAGAGAUUGAUCAAGAUAAUGAUGGACAAAUAGAUUAUGGUGAAUUUGCAGCAAUGAUGAGAAAAGGCAAUGGAGGCAUUGGAAGGAGAACCAUGAGAAACACAGUAAACUUGGGAGAUGCCCUUGGACUAGGACUUUUAGAAAGUAAAGAACGCAGCUGAGAAUGCUGAUACUAAAUUCAACUCUGAUUUUCCCUGUUCUGUUUUUCUUUUAAGUUUUUAUUUGCUAUGUGAAGACUCAAUCAAUAUUCUAAUCCAGAAGGCUUACGUUAUCCCUUCGAACAGCUGCCUUCCCUUUGAAAAGGUUGCCAUUUUGAUGCGAGGCAAAAUAUAUCCAGCAGCGCAUGUUUACUAAUCCUCCCAAGUUUGUUACAUUUGUGCUUGUGAAUGUGUUACUUUCUGAAUUGUUAAUAUUGAUAUUGAUUAUUCUGUUAUUUCUAGUA